AUGGCCAGUGACAAGCAGACGACAACGUCCACGACCCCAACGGUCGGAACGGUUGGGCUUACGCUCCCUCUACCCUACCGCCUGUUCUUCCUGCUCAUCGAGCCGAUCGCUACCGCCGUUGGUGCCUACUACGCCUUCUUCGACCAGCGGACAUACCUCGACCUCACCCAUGCUGCCUCUGCGCCGUCGCCCAUUCCCCUCGGGACCUCGAUCGCCAUGUCGCAGCUUGCCAACCUCUACUUUGCAUUUGCGCUCAGUGAGGCGCUGAUCCUACGGUCGACCUCUGACUUGCGCGUCUGGAAGACGAUGCUCUUCUGCCUGCUUGUCGCAGACUUGGGCCAUCUCUACACGGUCGGAGUGCUCGGUCCCCAGAUCUACUGGAGGGUGUCCGAGUGGAAUGCCAUUGACUGGGGGAACAUUGGCUUUGUUUAUCUUGGUGCAUCAAUGCGGACUGCCUUCCUGGCUGGUGUUGGGUUUGGCGCGAAGACCAAGAAGUCGGGGAAAGCUGCUUGA